AUUAAUUUAAACCACUUCAACUCAGAGAAAGACGCAUGGCGCGAUAAUUAUUAUUUAUUCUGUAGUUUCGGGUGAGCGUGGCUUCCGGUUAGCACGAUGGCUGGGUGAGGUUUCUUCACAUCGACUCUCCGCUGCUCCAGUAAAUGAGAGGAUCCUUGCGGGUUUCUUCGCUGAGUCCCCGGCUUGACGUCAUGUUGACCGUGAGAGCAGACGUCCAGCCUCUGAGUGAGGAAGAGCAGCCAGAGCACAGUUCAAGUCCUGACCAGGAGGAACCAGAACCCCCAUGUGUUAAAGAGGAAGAGGAGGAAGAGAUUGUCAGCAAGUUUCCACUUGAUAUUGUCGUGGUGAAGGUGGAGGACAGGGACCUCCAACAUGUUAAAGCAGAAGGACAUGAGCCUGGAGACCUGGAAGCAGUCAGCAACUUGGAGUGGCCGCGCUCCUCUGGUUCUGACACGGAUGACAGUGAAGAAUGGAGGGGAACCAGCAGCACUCUGUCAGCUUCAAACUCAGUGGAGGAUCCCAAUGUUCCCACCAGAACUGAGGCCCAUGAGAAUUCACUGGUCUGUUCUGAGUGUGGGAAGCUCUGCAACACCAAGUCUGGACUGAGUCUGCACAAGAGGAGCUGCAGAGUGCAGAAAGACUUGUCAUGCCCAGUCUGUGGAAAGUCUUUUUCAGAAAGGGGGAAUCUGAAUUCUCACAUGAGAAUCCACACAGGAGAGAGACCGUUCUGCUGCCCAGAGUGUGGGAAGACAUUCACACAGAAAGGAGCGCUAAAUUCUCACAUGGCAACGCACACAGGAGAGAAACCCUUCCGCUGCUCUUUGUGUGCUAAAUGUUUCUCUCUUCGCGGAAAUUUGACAUCUCACAUGAAGAGACACAUCGGGGACCAACCAGUUUGUGAACAGUUGUACCCCUUAAUUCUUCCAGCCCAUAUCAAGGAGGAGAAGCAGUUCAAGUGUGCUGAGUGUGGGAAAUAUUUCAACGGGAACGCCAGUCUCAAGAUCCACAUCAGAACUCACACUGGAGAGAGACCAUAUGCCUGCUCACAGUGUGGAAAAUCCUUUACUCAUAGAGGGAGUAUGAAGUCACACAUGAAGAGCCACACAGGAGAGAAACCUUUUCGCUGCCCAGUUUGUGGAAAAUGUUUUACAGAAAAUGGAAGCCUGAAGAUUCACAUGAGACAGCACACUGGUGAGAAACCCUUCAGCUGCCCAGAAUGUGGGAAGACCUUCGCUCACCAUGGGAACAUGAAGUCGCACAUGAAAAGUCACACAGGAGAGAAACCGUACAGCUGUUCUGAAUGUGGGAAAUGUUUCACUCACCAGGUGAAUCUGAAGUCUCACAUGAAGAGCCAUACAGGGGAAAAACCGUUCAGCUGCAAUGAGUGUGGAAAAUGCUUUGCUCAUCGUGGAAACCUAAAGUAUCACCUGAAGAGCCACAUCGCCCAGGUUCUGCCUGCCACUCAGACUGAGGGAAAUGACUCAAAGUGACCCAUGAAGUUUGUGGCCAGCAGGUAGACAGAUUCAUUCUGCCUGUGCACGAUUUAUGGUUCAGCUUCCAUUUACUCAGCUCAUAACUCACUCACAGUAGUGCCUUCAUGUUGAUUCAGAAAACAUUGAUUCAUUGUUUGACCUUUAAUCUUUCGUUCAUUUAACGAUUUAUUCAAACACCAACCAGUUUGCUUCCAUGGCAUUUUAUUGAGCUCAGUUGCUCUGUUGUAUUCGACGGCCCUUUGUUCAUCACAUAUGUGUUCUGUGUUUAUCUUGGUUUGCAGUCCACAAACCUGUACAUGAUACAUGAAUAAUAGAAGCUGUGCAGCUCAGACCUGAGACACAAAGAUGGAAGAGACAUUUUCUUGUGGCUGUGAGGGCUCAGUGGGAUCAGUGAAGGCAUUGAGGCAGUGAGGCAUUCUCUUCCAACUAGUUUUGGAUGGUAUCCCCCUCCGCCCACUGCCACAACAACGCAGAUACUUGUUUCAUCUCUCAAGAGUAUGAAGUAACAGGAGAGUACAGUAAGAGUAAGCGUAAGUGUAGGUUAAGUGAAAUAAAAGUCAGAGGUUACAGGGGCCGCAAGCAUGCAUAAAAUAAACUUCAUUCAGAAGUGUUUUGUCUUGACAAUGAACUUACAUAAUUUGCACCUGUGUAGCCCCACCCCAUUUUAAUAAUGGUGAAAAA